CGAGGUGAAAAUCUGAAAUAUGUAAGAAAAUAAUAGGCAGGGUCGAUGAAUAAGCUCAAGGAAACAAAAUCGUCAAGAUCAAGAUCAUCAAGAUCGCUCACAACCCCAACACUUCACCGUCAGCACUCGUUGUCCAUCAGUCUGUUGGACAGUGACAGUGCUAUCAUGUCAUCAGCUGAUUGGGAAGAGGUGAAACGUCUGGCCGCUGAUCUUCAGCGAGCCCAGUUUGCUUCAACACUCCAAAAGUUGUCAGAGCGCAACUUUGUUGAAAUAAUCAGCAAAUUAGGUGAAUUGGGAUUAUUAGAUGUUUACCAUACAAAUGAUGGUAAAGAGUACAUCACCCCUGCACAACUGUCAAGAGAGAUUCAGGAUGAAGUUUUCCUUCAUGGAGGAAGGGUGAAUUUGGUUGAUUUGGUAGAUACACUGUGUGUUGAUCACAGUGUGAUAGAGAAGCGUGCCUCCCUGCUUGCCCACUCAGACUCCAGCCUUUGUUUUGUGUUGGGUCAGCUAAUCAGCAAAGACUAUCUGGAUUCUAUUGCUGAGGAGAUCAAUGAAAAGCUCCAGCAAGAUGGCUCAACCACAAUUGCAGAACUUGUUAAACAUUAUGAAUUGCCUGGAGAUUUUAUGUUGGAAGUCAUUGUGGAAAGGCUUGGAACCAUUAUACAAGGACAACAAGAUACCAAUGACCCAACAGUCAUAUUUACUGAUGCUUUUGUAGCCAGACACAAGGCUCACAUUAGAGGAGUAUUGAGUGCCAUCACCAGGCCUACACAGGUGUCAGCUAUUCUUGCUCAACAUGGAUUCCAACAGAGAUUAUUCUUCAGUGUGGCAGAGAAGCUGAUCCUCAGUGGCCGAGUGCCUGGAGUUCUCAGUGGAGGUCGUCAAGUACACAGGGCCAUGUACAUACCCAGCAUAUACUCCCGCACACAGAAUGAGUGGGUGGAUAAUUUCCUGAAACAAAAUGGAUAUCUUGAUUUUGAAGCUCUCCGCCGCUUGGAUAUCAGUGACCCUGAGAGCCACAUCCGCCGCCGCUUUAAAGAUGAGGAUCUGACCUUUGUAGGAAACGUGUGUGUGGGGCCAAGCCUUAUUGAUCAGAUAGAUGCUGCCAUUGAUGAUGCUCUGGUGUCUGGCAGCUGGGUGGAUAUUUAUCCACUGUUACCUACAGUGUUUAGUCCAGACGUGGGUCACCAGCUUGUGGACAUUGCCUUGAAACGGAGACAAGACAAAAAAUCUACAGCCCACGCAAAGGUCUUCUCUGAUACUAUUGUUGUCAGUGACCAGCUGCUGACUAAACUCUCCAACCAUUUACAGCAGAUGAUGCCCAAAAAAGCCAAGGAAGUGGUUGAAAAGGGAGCAUUUAAAAAACAAGUUGCUACUGGAAAGGUCAAACAACAUGAAGAAGAUUUUGGCAAAAACAAGAAAGAAGAUCGUCGUAAAAAAGCAGCUUCUGGCAAGUCUGGUGGAGGUACACAGGGAAGAGAAACUAAAACUAAAGCAACAAAAAACAAAGGCAGAGGAAGAAAAGGAGGUGGGGGUGCUCAUGAAUCUGAUUCUGAUGAUGACCAUCAGAAAGGCACUGGUGCCGGAGAAUCUCCUGCUGUAGAGUUCCUUUCUGUUGAUGACAUGCAGACUGAAAUUACUAAUUUCUCAGAAUUAGUUGAUUGUCCCGAAGAACUAGUGGAGGAGCUAACCAGCCACUUGCAUAACCCCCUAACCAAGCAGUUUCAGGAGAUUGCCAAAUCAGUGUUUAUGGCAACUGUUGCUGUAGGAGGUGAUGCAAGAAGGAAAACUCACCAGCAGUUGCAAGACAAAGUAUCAGCUCUGCUUACCACUAUCAAGUUGUCAGAGAAAAGCAUUAAGGUUUUUGAUGAUGAGAAACAAAUGCAGCUGAAGAAACAUCUACUGAAGACACAGUGCACAGAGCUGGUCAAUGAACUGGUUUUGUAUCUUGCUGAUGACAGCCUUAUAGACAUUGCAGAAAAUAAGGACAUUACACCUGAGAUCCGACUGAAAAUUAUCCACAAACUCCCAGAAGACACCAAUGCUGCUCUUGUGAAGGUUCACAAGACUCUUACAGGAUCCAGUCUAGAGGAGUUUUAUGAGCAUGUGGAUGCAGCAAUUGCAGCCACAGGUAUUAUGCUGAAGAAGAAGGAUAACAAAAAAGACCGGCAGGUUUUGGUCAGUCACCGUGCUGCUUUGCUGGAACAGCUAGAAGGCUCUCUUGAUCCACCCCUCACCCUGCACCUGGCAUGUUUGAUCCUCUUUCAGACAGUCACUGGCAACAUGCUUCAUGCCUCAGGAAAGUUUGUGCCUCACAUCUUGGCAUAUUUGAAAACACAGAUGUCUACAGACAAAUUUUCUGUACUCCAUGAUUACCAAGAUCUAGUAAUUAAAUCGCUGAUGAGCAAGAAUGAAGCAGAUGAUGACUGUGGUGUCAAACUUCAACUUGAAGCUCUCACUCCUUCUGUCAAGGAGGUGGCAAUCACCUUCAAGAAAGUAGCUGCCAGUGAGAAUACAGAAGAAUAAUAGCUUAACUUCCAAAUACUGUGUGCUGUAUGUUAGGGUUUUGUUAUUAUGGAUUUUGCUUCUCCUUGCUCUUUAAGUUGACAUAAUCUUCAGGCUGUAGUUAUCUUCAUGAUUUACUUCAUCCCUUUUAUGAAUAGAGUAUGGUGUUUGUUUUUCUUUUUUAGAUUUAGUCACCUAUAUCAAGCCUAAAAAUUGCCAUUUACUUAUAAUGCAGAAAAUUAUGAAUAACAAGAAUUUGGGAUCGCACUGUACCACUUAUUUUGGCUUAUGUGGAGGGCUGGCUCACUUAACCCUCCAAAAUAGAUGCUUUUACCCCUAGAACAGCUACCACUUCAAAGAAAAAGUGUGCUCUGCUAAGUGACAGCUUUUGAUUUCACAUUGACAUGUAAGUGACUGAAAAGUAGCAUUGAGUCAAUGAGUGUAGCUUUAUGAAAACUGUAGAAGAAUGACUUACACUUUGAUUUACCAGCUAGAGGUAUCAUAAGUGCCUUGAAUCCAGGCCCUAGGUAACUUCACAAAAACAAGGGACUGGCAGUGCAUUUUCUGGUGUUCUAAUUGAAUGGUAGUAAGAAUGUCUCUCUCAUUUGCCUCCCACAUCAAAUGUCACAAAUGUGUUUAUUGAUUAUGGCUGUGAUAGUUUGAGCAUGAUAACCAAUUUAACCAAAUUAACCUAGAUCCUUAAUAAGUGUGGUUUCAGGCAAUUUUAAUCCAGUCAUGUAACAAAAUUAUUUACACCCAUAAAUCAUUUUCAGCAGUUAAGGUAGCAACUCUGAUUUUACAUACACAAGAACCUCCAUCCAUAUUUGCCUUACAUAUGUUUUUCUUAACAUGGUUUUAUAUUACAAAUAGUAUUGUUAUGAAACAUCCUCAUAUGUUUGUUUAGCAAAGUAUUCUUGUUUCUCUUAAUAAAACCUAAAGGAAA